GCAAACUGUGCAACGAAACGUGUUCUUUUCGUCUUCCUGUCGCCUCACCAUGCUGCUUUCCCUGAAUCGCCGUCCCGCCACGCAAUACCUACUGUUCCUCUGGUCAACACGCCAUAGACAAGGCGGUUUUCUUCCUCUAAAUACUAUCCUUUUAGUAUUGCUGGAAAAACAAUCUAGAACACCACUUCCUGUUCAGUUCUUCCUCGCACCAUCUUUGCUCCCUUGACCUCUUACCCUCUUUCUUCAAAUUCGCUUCAAUGAAACACAUGUCCUCUCGAGCCUCACAUGGACGGACAAAGCUCCGCCUCUAAAAUUGCGCCUCCUACAUACAUGGACGGCGGGCAACCCAGCAUGCCCGGAUGGGUUCUUCGAACACGCUACGCUCUGGACAGACGAGUUGGUAGGUUGCAUCCUUCACCUUCCUCCUUAGCGCCUUUGCCGUCUGCUUAGGGUUACAAAUUUGCAAAUCCAAACGCAGGGCGUGCUGAUACAGGGUCUUGCAUCGAAGCAGCUCUGUAGUCAUCUGCAGGAGGUUCUGACAGUUGGAAAGGUGUACUUUGUUAGCCAGUUUAUCCAGCGUGAAUCCAGAAGGCGCUGGUCGGCCUGUGCCAAUGAACGACUCCAAUAUUUCAAUUCAAAAACUUCUUUCGUACACUCUCCUGAAGACGACCCAUCUUCUGUCCUGAUAGUUUUGAAUUCUGUGGCUUUGAGGAGCUCGAAACUCUCUCCUCGAACCAUGCCUCUGUUGUGGGUAAGCUUCUUCUUCUUACCUCUGUCAUACUAAUCGUUGCCACUCUGCCCGCCUGAGGAAAUUAUCGUAGAUGUUGUUGGGCGGCUGGUGUCUGCAACUCCUGUAACUUAUUAUUAUCAAAAACAAGACCGUUCAAUUAGGCGUCAGGUUGUGGUCAUUGAAAACGAAAGGUAAUCCUCACUAUCCUUUUCUAUUUCCACCCCGCUUUGUUGAGCGUCAUUCUUGUUUCUAACCUCCAAGUAUGUUUCUGUUGGUUUCAGGAAACUCUCUUUAUCAAUCACGUUGUGGUCGGACUUUGCCGAAAGGCUAAACCUCCCUGAACUCAUUGGCCUAAAUGGCGCAUCACCGAUGAUUGUGGUAUUCACCAGUAUGAGACUCUCUACUUGGAGAGGUACGUACAUUUGCCGGGAAAGCCUCCUCGGUGUUGUCUUGCUAUGCCUCGCCUAAACCGCAACGUCCACCACCUUCACAUGGCUUUAAUAUUGUCUGCUUUGUGUCUAUGGCAAUAGUUUAGAAUUACUAUGUCUAGAUUAUGUUUACAUGUGUUCUGGGUAUCCUUAGUUACCUGCCUAAAAACUUACAACAUGCCUGCUCCACUGAACUGCUUUUCCCUACUCUUAUCACUGUUUACCCUUUUAGGUGUGAAAACCAUCGCUCUCUGGGGCCUUUUGUUACUCCAAAGUAUUGCCUCACUGUGUCUGGUCAUGCUUAGUCCCGCCUUUAAGAUAGUUCUAUGGUUUCAUAUGCUCUCCCUUUAGAUUUGACUUUAGAAGUCUCAUUUGGUGUAGGAACUGUCGAAGCAUCUAGCAUUGCUGCUACUCGCAUUGUCCUGUCACCAGCAGCCCCACACACUGCUAACCUUGCUUCGCAUUACUUAGAAUAGUUUUUUUAACCUUUACCCUCCUGCUACUUCUUUGCACCCUCACAUGGUUGUUCAAUGUAAUGCAGCUUCGGAGAAACUGUUGCCACCAUUGGCGUUGUGCCAACUGAAUUGGACACCCCUGAAAAGGCUGCAACUGUUUACCGAGAAUCGUUCAAUGUUGCACCUCGCAGUUUCGAUGCAGCUGCGGUUGUGGAAACGCGAGAAUUUAGGUCCCCCAGACCAUCACAAACCCUGGACAUUAGGCAAGUGCAUUAUCCUACUUCAAAUUUACUGCUUAAAUGCGGUACACACCAAUCUUCCUGUACGCAGCAAUAGCCGGUCUUCACUGGCAGGAAUUAACAUUGUGCCCUCGCCAUGCCUUUGUUUUCUUGCAGUGCAUACAUUGACCCACCACCAGUUCCAGCUCUCGGCUCAACCUUCUCAGGUGCAUUCUUGCCUUCAACGCCCGCAAAGCCAGCUGAAACAUGCACUUCUGAUACAUUUGCUGGACAGCCUCCCACACCGGCCUCCGCUGGGUAUGCCCUCUCUACACUACAAACCAAUAUAUUUUAUUUAUUAGCGGAGAACUGCAACUUACUCGGCCUUCAUACCUUUUUCGUUCAAUCAAAACUGAGAGUCUACAUGCAUCAGCCUUCGCUUGAAAUGAUUUGGUGCACAGUAACUUCAUGUUAGCUAUAAGUAACAUUUAACCAUGAUCUCCGUUGGUUGUGCCUCUACACGCAUGCAUGCCUGCUCAAUUACUUAUUAUCUCAAUGUAUAGUUUCUCUGUUCAUGCAUGUUGGCUCCACAUGAUGCGCUCAGUCAUGUGCUAAUUCAAGAGUUUUUGUUCUGAAAAUGCAAGAUUAGUUACAGUUUCGUUUGUGAGAAUGGUUUGUUGUGAACUUGCACAACUAAUUAUUGUUUGGGGUAAUUAUUGAUAGUUUAAGCUGCAAAAUAGAACCAAUAUAACAUAAAUAAUAAAUAUGUUUCUUACAUUCCAUGCGUUCUGUUAACCUUUACUAUCUCAACCCUGCAUUUCCUGCAGGUUAGCCUCUCCACUAGCAGGAAUUACCAUUGCGAGCUCGCCUGUCAAUGGUACGGCCAGGGGGAAAAGCCAUUAUGGACGCUGGACCAGAUGCGUACCAGGUCGUCCAAAGCGUAACUGAACUCAAUGCUGCUGUUUCGAUUAAGCUCAAGGCCAGCGCAUCCCAGAAAAACAAAGCUGCCGGUGUUGGAGUGCAGAAAACCAUCCCUCCUUCCAUGCUGCCAAUAAACCCGCUACACCAGCCCCUUGCAAAGAUCAACCUGGAAAAGUUAGAAUCUGCAACCAGGAAUAAGAAGAAGAAAAAUCUCGCCAAUGAUGACCGGCCAAUAUCCCACCUCAAGGCAAAGGUGACUAAGUGUAAGAUCGUGGCAAAGAAACUUUUCUGACUCUCGAAGUGUGCUGCUUUUGUGUGGGUUGAAGCUGCCGUCCAGACCUGUUUUUUGUUGCAUGCCACCGGUUCUUCAGUAAUGUUUGUUUGACAGUAGCAGACUUUAGUUCUUAUCUUUUGGCAGCGUACCGGUGCAAACACUCUUUUGACAAAUGGGUCACCAUUUCAAAUGCGCCUUGCCUGUAACGAUCCAACCAUGUCUAAUCAAUCGUGCUUAUGCAGUUCAUUAGUAUGUCAGCUAUUAUGCAACAACAAAAACCACGACCUUUCUCAAAUGAUGCUUCUUCUGUGUUCUGCCCUUUUGACAAAGGCUUUGCCUGUCGCUUAGUUUCAAUCAGCCAAGCCAUACAACCAACUGUUAUGCGGAACAUAAACCCUGUCCUGGUUCGGUUAGAAGAAAUGAUAAAACUAUGA